AUGAGGACUCCUGCCCCCAGCUCCUCAGCGGGACCAGCCCCAGCCCUGGCCAUUCUCCUGAGCUGCCUCUUCUCAGGGACACGCAGCCAGACCCCAGGAUCCUUCCAGGACAGCACCGUGCCCUUGGAGGUGCUCGGCCAGGAGCAUCCCUCCAGCCUGCUGCAGCCUGGCUUCCUCCAGGGCGUGCCAGUGUCCAACCUGUCAGAGAUCCCCUCCUCGGAGCCACCCCUGCUGCCCGUGUGCGCCCGGCCCGCCGACAUCCGCCACGUCUUCAAGUACAUCAACACCAUCGUGUCCUGCAGCAUCUUCAUCGUGGGCAUCAUCGGCAACUCCACGCUGCUGCGCAUCAUCUACAAGAACAAGUGCAUGAGGAACGGGCCCAACGUCCUCAUCGCCAGCCUGGCCCUGGGGGACCUGCUCUACAUCCUCAUCGCCCUGCCCAUCAACGUCUACAAGCUCCUGGCCAAGGACUGGCCCUUCGGAGUGCAGGUCUGCAAGCUGGUGCCCUUCAUCCAGAAAGCCUCUGUGGGCAUCACGGUGCUCAGCCUCUGUGCCCUCAGCAUCGACAGGUACCGAGCCGUGGCGUCCUGGAGCCGGAUCCAGGGCAUUGGGAUCCCCAUGUGGAAGGCCGUGGAGGUGCUGCUGAUCUGGGCAGUGGCCAUCGUGCUGGCAGUGCCCGAGGCCAUCGCCUUCGACAUGGUGGAGUUGAGCUACUGGGAGCAGCACCUGUGGGUGUGCAUGCUGGCCUCGGAGCAGAAAUCCCGCUUCAUGAGGUUUUACCGGGAUGUGAAGGACUGGUGGCUUUUUGGCUUCUAUUUCUGCCUGCCCUUGGUGUGCACGGGCAUCUUCUACACCCUCAUGUCCUGUGAGAUGCUGAGCAAGAGGAAUGGGAUGAGGAUUGCCCUGAAUGACCACAUGAAACGGCGCAGGGAGGUGGCCAAGACCGUGUUCUGCCUGGUGGUGAUCUUCGCGCUCUGCUGGCUGCCCCUGCACCUCAGCCGCAUCCUCAAGAAGACAAUCUACGACCAGACAGACCCCAACCGCUGUGAGCUGCUCAGUUUCCUCCUGGUGAUGGAUUAUUUUGGGAUCAACAUGGCCUCCCUCAACUCCUGCAUCAACCCCGUGGCUCUGUACUUCGUCAGCCGGAAAUUCAAGAACUGCUUCCAGUCCUGCCUGUGCUGCUGGUGCCAGAGGCCAGCCCUGAGCAUCACCCCCACGGAUGAGAAGGGAUCUGUUGGGAAGUGGAAAGCCACGGGGCAGGAGCUGGGGCUGGACCGGAGCAGCUCCCGCCUGAGCAACAAGUACAGCUCUUCCUAA